GCAUCAGGCUGAAGGGACCAUGGUGCUGGAUGAACUGUGGGCCGCCCUCUCCGGCCCCUCCGGGGCUACCCUGGCUUGCUGCUUGGUGGCGGCGGCCUUGGCCCUGCGCUGGUCCAGUCACCGGACGGCGCGGGGCGCGGCGGCCCGGGCACGACAGAGGCAGCAAGCGGCCCUGGAGACCAUGGACAAGGCGGCUCAGCGCUUCCGUCUCCAGAACCCUGACCUGGACUCAGAGGCACUGCUGGCCUUGCCUCUGCCUCAACUGGUACAGAAGCUACACAAUGGGGAGCUGUCUCCGGAGGCUGUGCUCUUCACCUACUUGGGAAAGGCCUGGGAAGUGAACAAAAGGACUAACUGUGUGACUACCUACCUGGCAGACUGUGAGACUCAGCUGUGCCAGGUCCCAAGGCAGGGCCUACUCUACGGCGUCCCUGUGAGCCUCAAGGAGUGCUUCAGCUACAAGGGCCAGGACUCGACACUGGGCUUGAGCCUGAACGAGGGGGCGCCGGCAGAGUGUGACAGCGUGGUGGUGCAGGUGCUGAAGCGGCAGGGCGCCUUGCCCUUCGUGUACACCAAUGUCCCCCAGUCCAUGUUCAGCUAUGACUGUGGUAACCCCCUCUUUGGCCAGACCGUGAACCCAUGGAAGUCUUCCAAGAGCCCAGGUGGCUCCUCAGGGGGUGAGGGGGCCCUCAUUGCGGCUGGGGGCUCCCCACUGGGCUUAGGCACUGACAUCGGAGGAAGUAUUCGCUUUCCCUCUGCCUUCUGUGGCAUCUGCGGCCUCAAACCCACAGGGAACCGCAUCAGCAAGAGUGGCCUGAAGGGCUGUGUCUAUGGACAGGUAGCAGUACAGCUCUCGGUCGGCCCCAUGGCCCGGGACGUGGAGAGCCUGGCGCUGUGCCUGCGAGCGCUGCUGUGUGAGGACAUGUUCCACCUGGACCCCACCGUGCCCCCCCUGCCCUUCAGGGAGGAGGUCUACACAAGCUCUCAGCCCCUGCGUGUGGGGUAUUAUGAGACUGACAACUAUACCAUGCCCACCCCGGCCAUGACACGGGCCCUGCUGGAGACCAAGAAGAGACUCGAAGCUGCUGGCCACACGCUGGUUCCCUUCCUGCCAAGCAACAUACCCCAUGCUCUGGAGACCCUGUCGACGGGUGGGCUGUUCAGUGACGGUGGCAAGAGCUUCCUACAGAACUUCAAAGGUGAUUUCGUGGACCCCUGCUUGGGAGACCUGGUCUCAAUUCUGAGGCUGCCCAGAUGGCUUAAAGGACUGCUGGCUUUCAUGCUAAGGCCUCUGCUCCCAAGGUUGUCAGCCUUUCUCAACAGCAUGAAGUCUCGGUCAGCUGGAAAGCUCUGGGAACUGCACCACGAGAUUGAGGUGUACCGUCACUCUGUGAUUGCCCAGUGGAGAGCAGUGGAGCUGGAUGUGCUGCUCACCCCCAUGCUGGGCCCUGCUCUAGACUUGAAUGGCCCAGGCAAGGCCACAGGGGCCGUCAGCUAUACUCUGCUCUACAACUGCCUGGACUUCCCUGCGGGGGUAGUGCCUGUCACCACGGUGACCGCCGAGGACGAGGCCCAGUUGGAGCAUUACAAGGGCUGCUUUGGGGAUAUCUGGGACAAGGCGCUGCAGAAGGCUGUGAAGAAGAGCGUGGGCCUGCCUGUGGCUGUGCAGUGCGUGGCUCUGCCGUGGCAGGAAGAGCUGUGUCUGCGGUUCAUGCGGGAGGUGGAGCGACUGAUGACCCCUGAGAGGCAGCCAUGCUGACUGCCGCCGCCUGGCCCUAGAGGGCCUGAGACCCACUGGAGCCACACCCAGCGUAGUCAGGGCACAGCUGCCACCCUGGAGGAAGUGUUCAGCCUGGGGCAGAGGCUUCCAAGUCCCUCCUCCUCACCCCUGCAAGAAGCCCAAACUCACUGAGUCUGGACCUCGCUCCCUCCCCUGUUCCCCUCCCUGCCCUGACACCCCCAACGUGGCAGCCGGUGGGCAUGACAUGGGCGAAGGCCCACUAACAGUCAAGAA